AAUUCGUUCAGUCUAAGUUCGGUUUCAGUUGAAGUAGUCGAACAUAAAAAAAGAGUAUAUUGUAUUUGUUAGAAAAAGUUGUGCGCAAAAAUUUUCUCGUUCCCUCUCGCGUUUUGUUGAAGGCAAACGACCGUCACAAUUUCGUAAUUCAUUGUUACUUCAGAGCAUUGGUACUUCAGACAAGUCAAAGGAAACGGAACAAUUUUGGAGAAUGUUUAAACAGAUCAUUUCGGAAAUUGGCGGAACAGUUGCCAAAAAUCAAGCUGCAAAAACUUAUGCAACUCAAGCAUCAUUCGAAGUCAAAGACUUCAAGUUGCAUAAUUUGGACUCAGGACCAUCUACCAAAGCCGAUGUAACGAGAGAAAAUGCGCUCGUAUACUACAAACAAAUGCAAACGAUUCGCCGGUUGGAAACAGCUGCUGGUAAUUUAUACAAAGAGAAAAUUGUACGCGGUUUUUGCCAUCUAUAUUCUGGGCAAGAGGCAUGUGCUGUUGGUAUGAAAGCUGCAAUGCGUUCGCAAGACAAUAUCAUAUCAGCAUAUCGUGUUCACGGCUGGACUCAUUUGAUGGGGGUACCAGUCUCCGGUGUAUUAAGCGAGUUAACUGGGAAACAAAGUGGUUGUGCACGUGGUAAAGGUGGUUCAAUGCAUAUGUAUGCACCAAAUUUCUACGGCGGCAAUGGAAUCGUUGGUGCACAGUGCCCAUUAGGUGCUGGCGUUGCAUUUGCAUGCAAAUACAAAGGAAACGGCGGUGUUUGUUUGGCAUUGUACGGUGAUGGUGCGUCGAAUCAAGGUCAAAUAUUCGAGGCAUUCAAUAUGGCUUAUUUGUGGAAAUUACCAUGCAUAUUUGUUUGCGAAAACAAUCAAUACGGUAUGGGUACGAGCGCUGAGAGAUCAUCUUGCAAUACGGAUUAUUACAAACGUGGUGAUGUUUUGCCUGGAAUUUGGAUGGAUGGUAUGGACGUAUUGGCCGUUCGCAAUGGCUUUGAAUUUGCCAUCAAACAUGCCGUCGAAACGGGGCCGGUGGUCGUCGAAGUGAAAACUUAUCGUUAUUCUGGCCACUCCAUGUCAGAUCCAGGCACAAGCUACCGUUCCAGAGAUGAAGUUCAAGGAGUUCGACAAACUCGCGAUCCAAUCAAUCUAUUUAAAGAGCGUAUUUUGGAUGCAGGUCUUGCGACCGCUGAUGAAAUCAAGACAAUUGACGGUGAAAUUAAAAAAGUGGUCGACGCAGCAACGAAAUAUUGUAAAGCCGACAAAGAAAUUGGACUCGAGGAACUCUAUACCGAUGUUUAUUCGAAGAAUUUGGUUCCACUCAUUCGUGGUUUGUUACCAGAUCAACUUCACAAACACAAUACACUCAACAGGGCUGUCAAUCUUUGAACGAAUAUUGAAUUGAAAUUGUAAACUAGAUGAUUUGCUAAUAAAGACAUGUUCCGAUAAACGAAGUUAGAGGAAAAUAUUAA